AUGAAAUUAGAAAUGAAGUUAGAAGGAGGAGGAGGAGGGUGCAAUUACCACCCGAAUAACAAACAACUACAAGGUGUUUGUCCCUUUUGCUUGAGAGACAAACUAUUGAAGCUCAAUGGCAUCAACAAUCCAACAUAUCCUCUACCUUCUCCUCAACCCUUUUCUUCUUAUGUAUCUCGCCGCCACCACCGCCAUAAUUCUAGCGUGCCGGAUUCUGUGUCUUCCAUGGUUAGCUUCAAUAAUGGAUUGAAGAAGAGCAACUCCAUUGCCUUUGCUUCAGGAAGCCAACCCAUAAUAGAUUGGGAAGUCAAUGGAAACAACCGGUGGAGUAAGAAAAAGGGUAUUUGGUCCAAGCUGCUCAAAUUGACCAGAAAGAACAAGGAGGCCUUCAUGCAUUCCAGGACCAUGAGGGAGGGAAAGAGUUUGCAUUUUUAG